UGCCCAUCACUAAUCAUGAAACUGCUGUAUGAAGUAUUUAAGACUCUGUGAGAACCCAUCCAAGAAAAGCAUCUACAUCACCUGGGAACAAUGUGGGCAUCAGGGGCAGACUGACAAGUCAUGGGGCCCCCUGGGCAAUAGGGGAUCAUGGGGCCCCUGUGUUCUUGUCCAAACUCAAAAAAGCCUAUAAAAAAAAAAGGUACCAGGGGCAUCUCAUAGGGCCCCCUACUGACCCCAGGCCCUUGGGCAGUGCCCGAGUUUCAAAAUGGUCAGUCUGCCCCUGGUGGGCAUUA